AUAAUAAAUCAAAUGUUAAGCCUUCAUGAAAUGGAGUCGAUUAAAAGUCCUACCAGGAAGAUAAGAACACAAUUAGAAAUACUGCUUCACAGCAAGAAGUGUGUCUCACAACCUUGCGAUGUGGCUAAUUGUGGGGAGUUUAAGAGUGUUCUCCUGCACAUGGACACUUGCAAGGAGGGCAGAGCUUGCCAGGGUGUACACUGUGCCUCAUCUACACAGAUAUUAAGACACUGGGACACAUGUCAGAAUGAAAACUGUAUCCUCUGUUCCCCCAUCAGAGAUAAUGCCAAGCUGAAUGAGAAAUACAGCACUGAGACGCCUAAACCUAUCAGAGCAGCAGAUCCUCCCCCCUUUCAGAGUUGGAUGAGAAAGGAGACAGAGGCAGAAGUCGCACAACCUGAGCUAAGAUACCAACGUCAAUCCAGUGACAGGAAAAGAAGUGUGGGAGGAAUGGCUAAAGAUUGUAAAACCUCAGAUAACGGUUUUUAUGGUACCGGGGCCAGAACCGACAACUUGAGCGACGAAAUGAAACUAUCAAUUAGAGAAGCAGUGCAGACCUCUAUGAAUAACAUGAUGCCUCAAAUAGAGGCUAUGGUCAGGAACACGAUUCGCUCAGAAAUGGCUACUUUACUUCUGGGUCAGGGUCCUGAGAAGAUGUUGCAGAGCCCCAAACCAUUCCUCACCUCUCCACUACAUUAUCCCACCACCUCUACCCAGUAUCCUUCUGCUCCAAACCAGGGCCCUCAACAAUACCCUCCAACUCCCAGUCAGAGUACCCAACAAUACCCCACUACACCCAACCAAAGUACUCAGUACGGGCCAACUACUCCCAACCAAAGUACUCAGUACGGGCCCACUACUCCAAACCAAAGUACUCAGUACGGGCCCACUACUCCUAACCAAAGUACUCAGUACGGGCCCACUACUCCCAACCAAAUAACUCAGUACGGGCCAACUACUCCCACCCAAAGUACUCAGUACGGGCCCACUACUCCCACUACUCAGUACCCCUCUCCAUCUCCUCAGCCUGCUGAAUACCCGCCCUCUCAGAACCAACAGUUCUCCGAUCCUAGUCAGGGACCUAGUUUCGAACAGAAGGUUCUGGUAACCAGUCCAAUGCCACCGAAGUCAGUGACUCCCACUCUGCCCCAGCAACCCUACCCACCCACACCCUCCCAACAAGAACUGACCAUGACUCCUCCCUCCCAACAAGCUCUCACGAUGACACCUCCUUCACAGCAAGUCAUGCUGUCUUCUCCUUCCUCUCAACAUCAGGUGGCCUCUCCUCUCUUCACAGCAACUCCCCAGAGCAUGGCCCCUCCCUCCAGCAUGAUAACAGCUAGCCAGCACUCACCCGGAGGUCAGAACUUGCACAACAUGGCCCCGGCAACCCAACACGGCACUUCCCCGGCACCUUCUCCUGCACGCUCCUCGGACCAGCUCUACUCUCAGGCUUCAACUGCUAGCCCUCUAGACACGCAUCAUACCAUGACGUCACGUGAUGAUAUCACCUCCCGCCAGUCACUCACUUCCCAACUCAUGGCUCCUUCACCUCAACAACAGUUUACUGAUCAAUCGGGUGACCAGUUUAUGCAAAGCGAACUACAUAGUUACUUUUAGUUACUAUAGUUACUAUAUAGAUACUUAUAGUUACUAUAUAGUUACUUCUAGUUACUAUAGGUAUAAUACGGUUACUGUUGCUAUAGUAAUUUAACGGCUAGGGCUAAAGUAUUCGUGAUGUUUUUCAUGAAUCUUUAUUUUAAAGAAGUAUCUCCUGCUAUAUUUUCCGGAGACAAUGGGGAACUACCGCGGUGGAAUACUAAACACCGUCUGGUGACUAGACUCUACUGUACAGAACAAUCUUAAACUUGACUGUUUGAUGAAUACCGCACUAAUAACUUGUUUACUAAUAUUUAAAAGUUGAAUGACUGUUGAAUAUGGUGGCGAGUAAUGAUGCAAUGAUGUAUCGAAAUCAGAAAAAAAUGCUCUGGUGAUAAUUCAUUGCCUGAAAGAACGGUCGGUAUUACCCGGUGUUAAUGUUAAUUUAUAUUGCCGCGCCGCGCAUCUUCUCGCAACCACGAUCUGUAGAUCGGCGAGAUGCGAAGGAUUGACAUCGUGAAUCAAUAAUUUAUACUACCAUGGUAUAAUUAAUAAUACAAAUGAAUUAAGUUCGCAUUCGGAGUAUUUUGACUUUUCGGGAGGAAACAAACAACGAUUGGCUGUUUUGAAUUUUGAAUUAAUCUAAAUAAUACGAAACUGCUUUUCUUGAGCUCAUAACAUGGGGAUUUAUCAAGUUUCUUUGCCAUAUGAUGUGGAAAUAGCGCGAUAAUGGAAGUACGGGUAUAAUUGGAACUAAGAUAGUUUACAAUUCUUAAUAACCGUGUUUGAUAGCUUAAGAAUACAAGAUUUAACGACUUGUAUUUUAGAAUUUUUUAUAGAAAAUCGUUUCGUUUAUCGAUUGAAUCAAUUUCAGUUUUACCUGUUCAAGUUUUAUCGAG